UGCUUUACAUUGCUGCAUAUCUUAGUAAAUGGAGCGAUACCUCAGGAGCGGAAGGAGGAGAGACUACUGCCAACCUCGACGCAAGAUAACCUCCUCGGCAACUCUUCCUCUUCCUCCUCCAGUCAAGAAAGUCAGACAGGAAGAGGGACUAUUAAUAUCACAGUCAUAUCCAGUCGAAGUAGAGUAUUCAUAGCUGUCGAUGGUCGAACGGUAGUGGAUGUGAACGACACUGAGCUGAUGGAGAAAGCUGGGCUAUACUUUGUUCUCUUGAACCAGUACGAUGGAUCUGUUAUAAUGAACAAGGUGUUCAACUUUCACGAGUACGCGUACAACGUGGGUGUUCCUUCACUCUUCACGUCCCUCUCCAGCGGGAGGAUCAUGGUGUUGGCUGUCAAGCUGGAUGCUGGGCUCAACAUGCCUCAAGGAGUACGACAACUGCUACAGGAAUUUGGAUCACGCUGGGCUCACCAUUUACGCUUCAGGAGUUACUUAGCCUGGGUUCUCACCUCCCGAGGGCCUACCUUGGGUGAAGGGAACGUCGACCCGUAUGAGAUAACCACAGAAAAUGAAGAUGUCGACAACCUGGAGACUUGGACAAAUGAGGGAAGGAGAGACGGUCCCGUAAAGGUACAGAGCAACAUCUUCGCUUCCCCCGUCUACCUUGAGGUGACAGUACCUCUAGUUAUUGAAGGUGACUGCUGGGGGGAGAGAGAGAGAGCAGUUUUCUGUAGGAGUCACGAUGGCUAUGGUGAUCUAUGCCACUGUCAACACCCGGCGCCUCUCACCUACCACCCUCACCAGCUGGAGAACACUGUUAUCGAUAACGUCCCCGUGGUCAUAGUAGCCAGCUCCAGACCUCAGGAGCUGUACAGGUGUCUGGUAACAGUGCUACGGCAGGAGGGAGGUGACGUGAGCAGGGUAUUGGUACUACUGGACGGUUAUAACACCGAGCUGAUCGCCCUUCUGCAGCUACUGGGGGUGAAGUAUCAGGUAAACAACAUGGAGGGGCGGACGUUCAUCAGUAGGAGUGCUCGUAUCUCUCACCACUAUCGCUUCUCCCUCCACGCCUUGUUUAACUCCUUCCCCAACGCCUCUAAGGCCAUCGUCUUGGAGGAGGACCUGUUAGUGUCACCGGACUUCUUCAGUUACUUCAACCAGACAUCGUGGCUGCUGGAGGCUGAUCCAAGUAUCUUCUGCAUCAGCGCCUGGAACGACCUCGGGGCCCUGCACACAGCCACGCACCCCUCCAGGCUGUACAGGGUAGAGACACACGCGGGCUACGGCUGGAUGCUCACUAGGGAGCUAUUCGACUUCAUUUACCCGAUCUGGCCCAGCCCUUACAAGAACCAUGACUGGGACAUAUGGUUGCGGAGUCCUAACCUCCGGGCGGGGCGUGAGUGUGUAGUGCCAGACGUGUCCCGGACCUUCCACAACGGCAUGAUGGGGACCCACAUCAAGGGCGUAAUGACCCACUCCCACUUCACCGCCCAUCCCGUCACCGCUGUUCCCGCCAUACCCCUUCACAACGUUCAUAGGAUGAAGCUAGACGAAUACGAGGAGGACCUUUACCACACCUUAGAGGGCGACACUGUGUACUUCCUCAACAGCACCCACCAUCCAUGUACUGAAUCCUACAUCCCCAGGAACUUUACG